ACACAAACAUCAACAGAGUAGGUAUCAAAGCUCAAGAGGCCACAGUAUCCCCCCUCUCCUCCUCAGUGCACUGUACAUCCUCUGCUGUAACCACACAGCCGUGCACAGGGCCGGGCACAUUUGCAGAUGCACAUGACGGAGGUAAGAGGAAGGGAGAGGGGGGGGAGUCAGCUUGAAAACGCUUCCGACAAUGAUGAAGACGUAAAGGUGCGAGGACUGAAACAAUAGUCAGAAAUGAGAAAGGGAGUGAAAGGGAGAGUGCGCCUGAAUCCGUGGGAACCGUGUUGGACCUGCAUCAUUUGCAGAACCAAGACCACCCACUGACCUUGACUCACCUCCAGUGCUUUCACCGCCCCUCAUUUCAAGGGGCAAGACGCAAGAGAGAAAGAGGAAGCAGCAUUUGCAGUUAUAGCAUGUAGUUCUCUAUUAUGAUGCACUUGGAGGAGCUUAUUUGGAAGCUGACAGGAGGCUUCACCAGAGUUCCCAUCAUGAGGCCUCACCCCUGGAUCACCGUCCUGCAUGUGUCCCUCUGGGCAGCGCUGGUUCUCACCUUAAACGCUGACAGUGAAGACUCGGGCUGUACCCCAAUGAUCAAAGUACGCCGCAACACGGCCUACGAGACCUCACUUGGACAAGAACUUGUCAUUAACUGCACAGUAGAUUUCUGCAAUAAAUCAGUACCAACAGUGACCUGGUUCAAGCUGCUGAAUGAAACUUAUAAACAUAUCAGUGUCGGACGUAGCAGUCACAUUAGAACAGAGUGGAAAGAGUUUAACCAUUCAGAGGGGGCAUCGUUUUUGAUUUUCCAAAAAAUACUCAGCAACGACUCAGGUCUGUAUCAGUGUCGAGUGGGAAAUGAUGUGAGUCACGCCAUCAACGUCUCUGUCCAUGGUGGUGGUGAACAUACAAGGAAGAAUAACACAAUUCCCAAAACUUCGAACCCAGAGGCCCUAAAACCUAUGUGGAUGUACAUGUCCUCUGCUGCUGGGAUCGUGGGAUUCGUCACCGUAGCGAUCGUUAUAACUGUCGUAUCAAUGCGAUGGUGCAAAGGGAAAUCAAAGAAAGGGACACAAAGUGAAUGUCAGUACGCGACAAUCCAUAUGGUCGAGAGGCCCCUCACACGUGGCGGCCCCCCGCCCGGGCCGAGAGCGAGCCCCUCUGCCCCGCCAUCUCGUUUAUCUGCACCGAAAGACCCGCGACCCGACGAGUUGACGUCACCAAGAGAUCAGGUUUACAGCAAGGUGAAGGGAGGCAGCAAGAGAAAGAGGAACGCGGUGGAGGACGGGAGCGGAGUCGUGUACGCGGCACUCAACCAUCAGCUGCCACCAGGGGCCGCCGCUCGGCCCCGGAGGUCGGAGGACUGUUCGGAAUACGCAGCUAUUCGAGUGGCGUAAACACGCAACAACCACAGGUGAUGUGGGGUAAUGUCAGUCCAGUGAAUUUGGCAGAAGUUAGCAGAACGUUUCAAACUGGUAAAUGGCAGAGGAGCUACAACGGCCCCUCGUACAGCAAGGACACAAGGAUGUUGUUCCAUGUCCAGGAUGUUGUGUAUCCUCCUCUACACGUGCACAGGUCUUCUCUCUGCUCAAGAUGAAGUUUGUCAGAGUUAUUCUGGGAACGUUGUUUGUUCAUCAUGUACUAAUGCGAACGACACAAGAGCAAAACUGAGGGAAAUGUCAACGAGUGCACCUGGUUGUUUCUCUUCCUGCCGACCGCAUCUCACAUCUCAGUAUUGCUCAAAGUUAGAAGAACUUGAAAAUAGAGGUUGUGGAAAUUCCCAGGGAGCAUUUUACAGAUGUAAGUUUGAUGAUUAGUGAUGUUCUACAUCAGUGAUUCACUGGGGGGUCACUUAACGAUUGUGGAGAAAAGAAAUUAUACAUUUUAGAGUGGGAAUUAUUAUUAUUCCCUUUUGUUGCAUUUUUCCCUUUAUUGACAGGAAAGAGAACGGAGAAGACACACGGCAACUGGUCGAGUAAGAACCGAACCUGUGACUCAAACCUCCAUAUGAAGUAAAUUCACUCUUACUUUUGCCCAGAACCUACAAUGGCCACUUUUCUGAGAUAUUUACAUUUCAUAAAAAAUAAACUACAUUUUCUAAAAAUCUUCAAUCGGAGCCGGUGGCCGAAAGCUGAAUGUCACAGACACGAUGAGAAGAGUCUGUAGAGCUAAAGCGUGUUCUGCCAAACUAAAUGGAUUGUUACACACUGUUUGCGAACUGUCUACAACUAGUGUGGUUUUGUUUGCGAUCCUGCUUUGCGAUGUUUGUUAAAAAACUGUGACUUCACCUUCACGCCUUGAAAUGACUCUUCGGAGUGACACCACACCUGAUAACAGUUAUGCUUCCAUGAGUUUUCAUCCUGUAUCAAGUCGACUGUAUGAAUGUAAACAUGAGCUUUGUCUGUACCUUCAAAAUAAGAGUAAUAAUAAUAAUAAAAAAGUUUUUGUGCAAUCAUAUAACAUAA